CGCCAUAAACCAUCCACUGAGCCAUAAAACACGCGUCUCCUUCACCAACGACCACUUUCUCGUCUUAACACGCAACCGACAAAAUGGGCUCCACUCAAUCCAACCCAGAUACUGGUGACAUGUGCACUCAGUCCAACUACCGCGACAUCGCAACUACCCACCUCUCCAUCGUCUGGAACAUCGACUGGCACCAGCGGGUUCUCCACGGAUCAGUCACGCAUACACUAGAGGCAAAGAAGGACGGUGUCAAGGAGGUCGUACUUGAUGCAGCCAACCUCGAGAUCGCCAGUGCUGCCGUGCUGGUGGACAAGCACCAGGUGCCUGCCCAAUUCACCCUGGGCACUGAGCAUCCUGUAAUGGGACGCGCUCUCUCCGUUCCUCUCCCAUCAGCGCUUAAAACUGGAGAGACCGUCGAAGUCACCGUCGCGUACAAGACCCAUCCGGACUGCAUGGCUCUUCAAUGGCUAGACGAAGCGCAAACAUCGAGCGGGAAGAUGGCCCUGUUCAGCCAAUGUCAGCCUAUAUACGCACGAUACCUAGCUCCCGUACAAGAUUCGCCUUCGGUCAAGUUGACCUACGAAGCCAAGAUCGCCAGUGUCCUCCCCGUGCUCAUGUCUGCCAUCCGGCAGUCGCCUCCCUCAGAAGGACCUCCGCACGACGGAAAGGAAAUCGGCAAAGACAUGGUGACUUAUACCUACAGCCAGCCAGUGCCCAUCCCCUCAUAUCUCAUCGCAAUCGCGUCAGGCAACUUUCACUACCGCGCAUUUAACGUGCCAGAGGGCAAGACCUGGAAGACCGGCGUCUGGGCCGAGCCCGAGCUCCUCGAGCGGGCACACUGGGAGUUCAGCGAGGACACUCCUCGGUUCUUGGCAAAGGAAGAGGAGAUCGUGGGCGAGUACCGGUUCAAGGUGUACGAUAUCCUCGUCAUGCCGCCGUCGUUCCCCUACGGAGGAAUGGAAAACCCGUGUCUGACUUUUGCGACUCCAACUCUCCUGACCGGGGACAGAAGCCUCGUCGACGUCAUUGUCCACGAACUAACACACUCCUGGUUCGGUAACGGCAUCACCCACGCGCACGCCGAGCACUUCUGGCUCAACGAAGGCUGGACGACGUACAUGGAGCGCACCCUGCAGCUCAAGCUGCACGGCUCCGAGGCCUACCGCGGCUUCGCGUUCAAGGGCGGCCUCAAGGGCCUCAAGGAGGACUGUGAUCUGUACGCGAAGCGGGGCAAUACACGGUACCAGCAGCUCCAGAUUCUGUACGAGAAGGGCGAGAACCCCGACGACGCGUACGGCCAGGUCCCGUACGAGAAGGGGUCGAACUUGAUUCUGCAUCUUGAGGGUGUUUUGGGCGGACCGGAGGCGUUUGAGCCGUAUGUUAGGGACUACGUCAAGACGUACACCGGGAAGAGCAUCACCACCGAGGAGUGGCAGGCACACCUUUAUGGGUACUGGUCCAAGAACGGUGGUGCGGAGAUGACCAAGAAGCUGGACAGCAUCGAUUGGAAGGGCUGGCUCAAGGGCGAGAUCGCGGACUACAACAAGAACUCGAACUCGAAAGAGACGCAGCUCUUCCCCGUGCAGAUGCAGUACGACGAGACGCUUCUUCUCGAGGCGAAGGCGCUCGGCGACAGGUGGGAUCAGUCGCGCAGCUUGGACAUCGAGAAGCUCGACUUCAAGACGGCGGACAUUGAUACGCUGACGUCGACGCAGAGGACCGCUUUCCUGGAGUACCUCCUCACGAAGGACCCCCUCCCAGACACACACACCAAGCACCUCGGCGAGCUAUACGGCCUCUCCACGACGCUCAACGCCGAGAACCGCCUCGUCUUCUACCAAGUCGCCCUGCUCGGCGCUUCCUCAACGGCGCAGACGCAGCAGCCGAGCGCAUACGCGCAGCAGACCGCGCGGCACGCGCUCGACUGGAUCGUCGGCAAGGAGAACGGCGUGCUCGUCGGGCGCAUGAAGUUCUGCCGGCCCAUCUUUCGGCGCGCGAAGGCGGUGGACCCCGCGCUCGCGAGGGAGGUGUUCGAUAGGCACAAGGAGCAGUUUCAUCCCAUCGCGCGUGAUCUCAUCAGCAAGGAUCUCGCGGCGCCGUAGGUUGAGGAGGAGGAGGAAGUGAAUUAAGUGUAUACACCUACUAAAUCCAAGGACACUAUCUGUACCAUACAUCUACGGAGGAACUGAUAUCAAACCCUUUCCACCGAUCGCGCGCUCGAGAAACUAAAGUCGUGAAAAAGCCUGAGUCCAUGGACGGCACGCCGACUACUUGAAAUCGCCCCACAGAUCCCCAAACACAUCGUCCUUCUUCGGCGCGGGCGCCACGCCCGUCGACCCGAACCCGCCGUUGUGCGACGCAGAACCCGCCGCGGGUGCGCCCCAGAUAUCGUUCGUGUUCAUGACAUUGGUAUUGUUCGCCUGCGGCUGCGCCCACACGUUGCUGCCCUGCACCGGCUGUGCCGCGGGCGGCGCGGUCCACCCCGACGACGUGCCCCACGCGCCGACGCCGUUGUUGCCCAUCAUGCUCGUCGUCGUCUGUGGCGCCGCCGUCUGUCCUCCUCCGCCCCCUCCGCCGCCCGCGCCGCCGCCCCCUCCGCCGCCCGCGCCGCCGCCGAAUGCGCCCCACGAUCCCGAAGAGAAAUCGCCGAACCCAUCGUUUGCCCCGGCUCCAAAGCCGCUGCCGCCGCCGCCGAACUGGGCCUGAGGUGCAGGCGCAGAAGUUGUAGGAGAGGCAGCAGCGGGUGGAGCGGAGGAGAAGAGCGACAUGAUGUCCUGUUUAACGUUCUUCGACGGCGGCGGCGACGCGGGCUUUUGCGCUGCGGGCGGCGCGUGGAAGUCGAGCGUGAAGAAGUCGUCCUGCGCUGGCGCGGCCGCCGCUUGAGGCUGGGGCUGGGGCUGGGUGUCCGUCGAGACGAGAGCGGGUGCGGGCGCAGCAGCAGCCUGCGCUUGUGCCUGUGCCUGCGCGCGCCCGGCGACGGCGGCAGACAGGAGCUGGCGCGAGCCCGGCUGGCGCGUCGUCACGGGCUGCGUCUGCGUCGCGGGUGACGCGGGCCUCCGCGCGGAGAUGCUCCCGCCGUGCGAGCGGCUGCCGCUGCUCGUGCGUGGGGGCGGGGAGGCGGGCUGCGAGGGCGGAGCGGGUGCGGGGUCUGCGCCGUCGAGCGUGGAGGGGUCGGCGGGGAGUGGGGCGUCCAUGGCCCAGCGGCGGGAUUCGUACUUGGAGCGGAUGAACGAGUCCAUCUUGUGAUCAGGGGGGAUGUGGCCUGAUUUGAGGUGGGCUUCCCAGUAGAGGUUGGCCCGUCUGUUGCCCCACUUUUGGAUCGACUCCAUUUGCUCAGGAGUCCAGAUGUCGAGGUCGACCGACUUGACACGGCUGAUGUGCGUGCCCAUGCUGCGAUGGACGCCCGAGCAGCGGAUGCACAGAAAGACUCCUAGGUUCCAUGACGCCCAUCUAGGAUCGUUCUUCUUGCAGUCCGCGCAGACCUUGUUGUCUGGCCGCUUGACGAGCUCCCUAAGAAUCUUUGCAUGCCUGUCCGUCGUCGCCUUGUCCUGCCGCGACAUGAU